UGCCGAGUCCGCUGCAGUCCUGGAAACCGAGGUCAAAAAGGUGGGACUAAGUAUCAGCCAUGAAAAGUCAGAGUAUCUUCACAUGAAACGCUAUAAAAACACGCGCGUCAAAAGAGAAGGUCUUCAUGUUGGAGGUACCAUAUAUAAAGGGGUGACCAAAUUUAGAUACUUAGGCUGCACCGUCACCGACACAAAUACUCGUGAGGAGGAAAUUGACAUCCGGGUUCAGAACGCCUUGCGAUGUAGUGCCGCCCUUCAUAAAGUGUUAGUGUCCAAACUCCUGAGCAAGAACAUAAAAAUACGUAUAUAUAAGACGGUCAUACGGCCCAUACUCAUGUACGGAUGCGAGACUUGGACACUAACACUUAAAGAAGAAAAUAGACUCCUGGUGACAGAAAGGAGAAUACUUCGAAAGAUCCUGGGCCCUGUGAGAAGAGAGGAUGGCAGCCUUAGACUCCGCAAAAACGUCGAGAUUGAAGAUCUUGUGGCUACACCCAAUAUUGUCGGCGAAACAAAAGCUCACCGUCUCCGCUGGCUUGGCCACGUUUUGAGAAUGGAGGAGGAUCGCGGCGCUAAAAGGGCAUACCUGGGACGCCCGGUAGGGCGGAGGCCUAUCGGACGUCCCAGAUAUCGCUGGGGCGAUGCUGUUGAAGCGGACUUGCGCGAUCUCCAGGCCGAUAACUGGCGGGAGAUGGCGCAGGAUCGAGACAACUGGCGUGUACUCGUGUCGGAGGCCAAGACUCAUUUUGGGUCGCUGCGCCAUUAAGUAGUAGUAGUAGUAGUAUUUU